CGUCCGUGACGUCAACACAUUCUCCUUAACGUACGUUUUUGGACUUUGGGGACGCUCUGGACUGCACGCUACGUUGGGAACGUAACAGACCAGUUGAGCACACCUUUCAACCAAAAACUGCGGUUUAAUAAGAUCAGGAUGUCUCUCACACAAGUCUCCUCCAACAAGUGUGCCGGCGGCUUCCAGAAGGUUUUUGAACAUGAAAGCACUGAGCUCAAGUGUAAGAUGAAGUUUGCCGUUUACCUGCCUCCCAAGGCCGAGACUGACAAAUGUCCCGUCAUGUACUGGCUCUCAGGUCUGACGUGUACGGAGCAGAACUUCAUCACCAAAGCUGGCAGUCAGAUUGCAGCUGCAGAACACGGCAUCAUCAUCGUCGCUCCGGAUACCAGCCCACGCGGCUGCAACAUCGAGGGGGAGGACGAGAACUGGGAUUUCGGCACCGGAGCCGGUUUCUACGUCGACGCCACGCAGGACCCCUGGAAGACCAACUACCGCAUGUACUCCUACAUCACUGACGAGCUCCCCGAACUAAUCAACGCUAACUUCCCCACCGACCCAGCCAGGAUAUCUGUCAGUGGUCACUCCAUGGGCGGACACGGGGCGCUCAUCUGUGCUCUGAAGAACCCUGGGAAGUACAAGGCGGUGUCUGCGUUCGCUCCCAUCUGUAACCCGGUGCAGUGUCCCUGGGGUCAGAAGGCUUUUUCCGGGUACCUGGGCUCCGACAGGGCCACCUGGGAGGCAUAUGACGCCACCGUGUUGGCGGCGUCCUACUCCGGCCCGCAGCUGGACGUCCUGAUCGAUCAGGGCCGCGACGAUCAGUUCCUGUCGGCCAGCCAGCUGCUGCCUGACAACCUGAUCGCCGUCUGCUCCGAGAAGAAGAUCCCCGUCGUGUUCAGACUGCAGCCGGGCUACGACCACAGCUACUUCUUCAUCUACUCGUUCAUUAACGAUCACAUCAAACACCACGCCAAGUUCCUCAACGCCUGAACCGCCACCAGAGAAGAAGACCGCUCUGCCGUCGAUCACCUGUUCCCUGGUUACCAAAUUCUAUAUUUUCUAUAUUUCUAUAUCUUCAGUCUGAACAGCACUUAACCUAAAGUCUC